AUGGCGCUUUCCGCCUCCGACGUGCCGGCAAUGUACUCGCUCCUCGCCAAUUCUAUGAGCGCCGAUCACCGCCUCCGUGCCCCUGCCGAGGAAGCCCUUGCGCAAUCGGAGUCUAGGCCUGGCUUCUGCUCAUGCCUCUUGGAACUGAUUACUGCCAAUGAUUUAGCGUCACAAGUUGAUGUACGCUUAAUGGCAACUGUCUAUUUCAAAAACAGUAUUAACCGCUACUGGCGUCAGCGCCGGGAUUCUUCGGGAAUUAGCAAUGAGGAGAAAACGCAUUUGAGGCAGAAGUUGUUGAUGCAUUUGAGAGAAGAGAGUGAUCAGAUUGCUCUAAUGUUGGCAGUGCUAAUAUCCAAGAUUGCUCGCAUUGAUUAUCCCAAAGAAUGGCCAGACAUCUUUUUGAUUUUAUCACAACAACUUCAAUCAGCAGAUGUUCUUGCCUCCCACCGAAUCUUUAUGAUUCUAUUUAGGACCUUAAAGGAGUUGUCUACGAAACGGCUCACCGCAGACCAGCGCAACUUUGCAGAGAUAUCAUCCCAAUUCUUUGAUUAUAGCUGGCGCCUCUGGCAAAGUGAUGUGCAGACACUACUGCAUGGUUUUUCUGCUCUUUCUCAAAACUAUAAUUCCAAUGCUGAUGAUCAGCAUCGCGAACUUCAUCUUACAUGUGAAAGAUGGUUGUUAUGCUCAAAGAUCAUACGACAAUUAAUUAUUUCAGGAUUUCAAAGUGAUUCCAAGUGUUUUCAGGAGGUUCGGCCAGUCAAGGAAGUCUCACCUGUUCUCUUAAGUGCCAUUCAAUCAUUUCUUCCAUAUUAUUCGUCUUUUCAAAAGCAAUAUCCUAUAUUUUGGGACUUCGUAAAGAGGGCAUCUACCAAAUUGAUGAAAAUUUUAGUUGCCAUUCAAGGAAGGCAUCCUUACUCCUUUGGGGAUAAAUUUGUGCUUUCAUCAGUCAUGGACUUCUGUUUGAAUAGAAUAACAGAUCCUGAGCCAAAUCUAUUGCCAUUCAAUGUAUGGUGA